AUGAAGGAGCCCAACUCAGCAGGGGGAGGGUUCAGGGGGGCCCCUUCUCCCUCAGCAACCACAGGAGCAGCAGCAGCAGCACCUCCGUCUCCGUCUUCGUCUUCAACAGCAGCGCCACCAGCAGCAACAGCAGCAUCAGGGGCCCCUUCUGUAAGCCGUUUGUCUGUUGGUUCUCCAUGUAUAAUUCUUUCUGCUUCGCCUUCUCCUUCAUCUUCUCCUCCCUUCACAUCUAUGCCAAACCCUAAAUCCUACGACAUUCAGGGGCCCCCCUUAUCUCAGGGGCCCCCCUUAUCUCAGGGGGCCCCGGUACCCCAGGGGCCCCCCGUUCCCCAGGGGCCCCCCUUAUCUCAGGGGCCUCUCCGUACGGGUCGCGUGGCGUUGAGGCCUCAGAGCAGCCAAACGACUGCCUCAGUAUCAACACGUGGGGGGCCCCCAAUGGCAGGGGCCUCAGCGGGAGGGCGAGGGGGGCCCCCUUCUUCAACAGCUGCCUCGCGAGGCCCUGAUGGAGAUGGGGGGGGGGCCCCGGGGGCCCCUGGAAGCCAGGGGGCCCCUGGGGGCCCUGGGGCCCGGGGGGCCCCUGGGGCCUCUGGAGGUCAGGGGGCCCCUGGGGGCCCCCACGACAUUGGAAGACUAGUGGGCUCUGCUUCUAAUGAAGAGGGUUUGUCUGCGUUCAAGAUACCCCUCUAUAAAGAUGAAUUUCUAGAUAAGGGCCUCUGGUUAGUGGCGGGGCCCCUCCCUGAAACAGUAGCGUUAAGGGGGCCCCUCUUAAAAUCUAUACGGAAGCUUGUUGAGGGUACAAGGAAGCCAAGGGGGGGGCCCAGGGGGGGCCCCCAUGCCUUAACAGCAGCUAAAGCAGACGCAUUGCUAAGAAAACUUGAUGCUCUUGCGGCGCAAGAGGGGGAUACACCGAAGCGUCCUCGCGCUUCUCGCCGGGCAGCAAUGUGUGGGGGGCCCCCCUCGCAACCCUCAGCUUAUUCUGAGGGGGCCCCCAAUGAAGCUACUUCGGGGGCCCCUCAGGGGGCCCCCAGGGGCCCCCCAGGGGGCCCCUCGGGUGCAUGCAGCACCGGUGGAGAGAAGAAAAUUGAUAUCAAGGAGGCUGGGAGAGAGAGAAAGGAGUUGGAGGCCCUUGAGGUCUCUUUGGGGGCCCCUGAAGCAUGCGAGGGGCCCCUCUACGUCUCAGUGCAGCGGUUGCCCCCGCUGCAGCAGCAGCAGAGGCGGCAGCAGGAGGCUCCUGUCUUUAGCGAAGGAGACAGACAAAAACUCACAGCGCAACUGUGCGAGUCUGCUGCUGCCCUGUUUGAAGCUGCUGAUUGUCUUGCAGCAGAUUCUGUAGGGUCUCCUGCUGCUGACUUCUCCCCCCAGGCCUCCGCUUCGGAGGUGGAGCGGAUGCUGACGCGCAGCUGCUUGCUGGCGACGCCCAGCCCCUUCCUGUUGAACCCAGGAGACGGUGGUGGGUGGAGGGCCCCGCAGCAGCAGGGGCCCCCCGAGGCUGCUGCUGCUGCGGCUGCUGCUGCUGCUGCUGGCUACGUGGGGGGGGCUCCCAAGGUUCCCCUGUCUGUGCUGCUGCAGCAGCAGCAGCGAAAUGACCCCAACUUUGGCGAAGUUUACCUAUCCCUGAAAGCCCCUUCUUCAGAGCAGCAGCAGCAGCAGAAGCAGCAGCAAGGGGAGCAGCAACAGGCGCGGGAGCCUGAGCAGUCUGCGGAGGCCCAGCAGCAGCAGCAACAGGAAAGCAGCAGCAGCAGCAGCAGCAGUGCUGGUGUAUUAGGAGGAGAGCGAGGAGCUUCAGGUGCUUGUUUGGGGGGGUUGCUGUGCCGCUGCCCUUCGUCUCGCUGCCCUAUUUCUGCUGCAGGUAUUUUUGAUGCUUUUUCUUCAGUGUGCUCCUCAGAAGAAGAAGAUAUGGCUGAUGGAGUGCCUUAUGAAGAAGCAAAUGACUUCUCUCAGCUGUAUAUACACCGCGGCGCUGUCUCUUGGCUUCAACCCAGGCUAGGAGACCCCUUGGGGCUUUCUUGUACAGCGCUGCAGCAAACAGAAGAAGAUGCGUGCUGGGGCUUGCUGCUCGCUGCUCCGAUGCAGCUGCAGCAGCAGCAACACCAGCAGCAGCACCAGCAGCAGCACCAGCAGCAGCAGCAGGCUGCUGCUAAGUGGAUCAGGAAACAGAUUCGAAUACAGAGACAAAAAAGAAGGAGACAGUUGCUGCUGAGGGCCUACCAGCUAGAAAGAGCAGCAGCAGCAGCACAGGGGAACUCUGCUGCUGCUGCGCUGCAGCAGCUAAACCCGCAAGAGCAUAAAGAGCUUAACACUAUAUACAAACUGCUGCUGCAGCAACAAAAAAUACAACAGGCCGCGAGAAAACGAAGGCAAGCACUGGCAGCAAAACGCAGGCAGCAGCAGCAGCAGUUGCAGCAGCAGUUGCAGCAGCAACAGCAACAGCAGCAGCAGCAGCAACAGCAACAGCAGCAGCAGCAGCAGCAACAGCAGCCGCAGCAGCAGCAGCAGUUGCAGCAGCCGCCGCAGCAACAAAUGCAGCAACAGCAGCAGCAAAUGCAGCAGCAGCAGCAGCAGCUCCACUGCCAACGGGAACAGCAAACUCCGCAGCAUCUACAGACGCAGCAACAGCAGCAGCACAUGCAGCAGCAGCACCAGCAGCCACAAAUGCAGCAGCAGCAAGGGCAAGUGCAGCAGCAGCAGCAAAAGCCCAACUCUGCUCAGGACGCCCUCCAGGUGCUGCAGCAACAAGAGCAGCAGCCUUCUCCAGAGCAACAGCAGCAGCAGCAACAGCAACAACUUCAAAGGCACAUGCAACAGCAGUACAUGCAGCAGCAGCAUAUGCAACAGCAGCAUAUGCAGCAGCAACAUAUGCAGCACCAACACAUGCAACAGCAGCGGCAACAAAUGCAGCAGCAGCAGCAACAAAUGCAGCAGCCGCAGCAGCAAGUGCAGCAGCAGCAAGCGCAGCAGCAGCAAGUGCAGCAGCAGCUGUUACUGCAGCAGCAGGUGGCGCAGCAGCAACUGCAGCAGCAACACUUGCUGCAGCCGCACCAACUGCAACAAGCGCAGCAGCAACGGCAGCCAAGUUCAAAGGAGCAGCAGCAGCUGCUGCAGCAACACAGCCCCCAGCAGCACAUCCUGCAGCAACAGCCGCAGCAGCAGCAGUUGAUGCAGCAGCAGCAGCAGCUUCUGCAUCAGCAGCUGCAGCAGAAACACCACCAGCCCCUCCAACCUCUUCAGCAACAGCAGCAGCAGCAGCAGCAGCAGCAGCAGCAUGGAUCAGUUUUAGGUGUAGACGGGCCCGGGGGCAACAGGCUAUGA